AUGUCCAAUUCCUCAUCAAUCCUAAGCACCUUCCAAUCCGCCCUCGAAACCCUCUACGGCCCUCUAUCCCUCUCCUCCCUCCCCAACCCCUCGACCUGGACGCCCCCUCAAAGCUCCGGCGGACAUAAAGGCCGCUACCUCUGGACCGACGCCUUCGGUGUCCUCUCCCUGCUAACGCUGCACACCGAGGUCAACCGAAACCCAGCAACCAAGGACGCCGCAGGGGAUACAUAUCUAACACUCGCCUCGAGGCUCGUCGAAGCAGUGCAUAACACGCUGGGCUACACGCGCGAUGGCUCCCGGCGUCUCAGUGGCGCCUCAGACUCAAACCCACUGGGCGGGGGUCUUAGGAUUGGGAAAUUAGAUGAAUAUGGCUCCGACGGAGAUGGGCAGUACCACCAUUACCUGACACUGUGGAUGUUUGCGCUGAACCGCAUGAGUGUUGCGACUGGAGACGUGAAGUACAAUGAGCAGGGCAUUGCGCUGGCGAAGGCGAUUCACGGGGCGUUCUUCAUGAAUCGUGCGUCGGAGCGCGCGAGGAUGGUCUGGAAGAUGGAUAUGGAGUUGAAUAGGGUACUUGUUGGCAGUGAGGGGAAUUUGGAUCCGAUUGAUGGGUUUGUGGUGUUUAGGCUUUUGCAGGCUGCACACGCUGCACAGAGUGGAGGAGAUGGGGAGGUGUUGAAGGAGGAGAUUGAGGAUUAUGCGCGUGUGAUGAGGCGCAAGGGCGAGCAUUUUGUUUCUGCGGACCCGUUGGAUUUGGGGAUGACGAUGUGGACCGCGCAUUGGGUUGUGCACGAGGAGUGGGCAGCUAAAUUGGCAGAGAGGUGUUUUGAGCAGAUCUAUGACCUAUUCGAGAUCGAUCGAUACCUCGAGCGCAGCAGAAAGUACCGGCUUGCAUUCCGUGAGUUCGGGACUGCCCUGGGCGUACGGUGUAUGGCGGAGCAAGACGUUGAGAAGGAGCGCUCCGUUGAUCUCCGGGUUUAUGCGGAUCGGAUUGUUGAGUCGUGGGGUCCGCAUAUGGAGGCUUCGAUGGCUGGGCAUGCGACGCCGGCUGAUUUGAAGCCCAUCACGCGAGUGAUGUAUGCGGCUGCCCUGAUUCCGGGAGGUACGUAA